AUGACAUUGAAAUGGCUUUGGAGAGGUCGACCGUCGUCCAAUCCGAGACCGAAAUUUGCGAGGCCAUUGGAACCUCUCGGGCACUCGGCUCUGACAGCCUGCGGUCUGUUGGAGAACGAUGUUCCUGGUGGACUUAUCGACUACACGGCGGUUGUCGCAGAGGCGGCCGUACCAGAGAAUUAUACUCGCAUCUUCCCAACCUUGAAUGAACGCUAUGCAAACGAAACGGCCGCAUUCCCCGUAUUCGAAGCCAAACCCUCCGCGGCUCCCAUCCCUCUUGAGGGCCACCUCUCUCAUGUCAUCCUCCAACUUACCCCUGCGAAAAGCGUCUUAUUCCACGCCGCUCACAUAUUUGCGCACGCACAGCAAAUCCCACAUCCGUGA